CAGCCGUAGUAGCACCGCCCCGCCCCCGUGGAUAGUAGUGGGAGGGCGGCGCGCAUGCGCGCGGUAGGACCCACAGAACCCGCUUCAGCUGCUACAACGGCAGCGCCGGUGUUCUACCGCUGGCGCAGCCCCGCAACCGCCGCCUCGCGCUCCCUCCGCCCAUGGAACCCUGAGAACGAUUUGAAAAUAACCGCUGUUCCUGUGGCCUGGCGAUGUGCCUGUAACCGCCGGCGCGGGGGGGCUGGGCAUCGCCACUCUCUCUCGUCUCCUGCUCGGGAAGAGCAGCUCCUUGCCAGGGGCCUGGGGUGCCCCGCCCGGCAGCACCGCGCUCACCCAGGGCGGCUCUUCGGUGCGGGCUACGGACCUCCCGCUUCCCCUGUGGGCAAUAGCCUGGGCUGGAGCCGGCACCAGCGAGGCGCUCGGCUCGCGGGGUGGGUGUCAGGCGGCCCCCGGCCAUUUCUUCUCCCGGCGCUGCGGACCUGCAGUGGACUGUCCUAGAUCUGAAAGUUGAGUUUUUACCAGUUUAUUCUUGCAAAAGAAAUCUAGAAACUAGAGAAUAAAAAUGGGGACUCCUGGAUCGGGGAGGAAAAGAACUCCAGUAAAAGACAGAUUCUCUGCAGAAGAUGAAGCCUUGAGUCACAUUGCCAGAGAGGCAGAAGCAAGGCUUGCAGCCAAACGGGCUGCUCGGGCAGAAGCAAGAGAGAUACGUAUGAGAGAACUGGAGCGACAACAGAAAGAGGAAGAUUCAGAGAGAGCCAGGUAUUCUCUCCCGUCUAGUCAUCAUUCCUAUCUGGGAGCGGAUGACUUGGUGUCUGCUCGAAGUAUUGGCAGUCAUAGGAGUUCAUCUUUGGAUGUCAGUGGGUCUCGUAGCAGCAGAACAACCACCCCCAGAAGGAGAGAUCUUGUGUGUGAUGGUGUGAAGGAUAGAUCUACAAGACAUUCACUCUCAAAUCCUGCUUACUGUGACUUUCACGGAAUAAAGAAGUCUUCUAGUUCCCAUAAAGAUCUCUUGAGUGGAUUUUACCAUGACCAAAGAAAUUAUAGCAGCCUUAGACAUAGCAAACCAAUCUCUUCCUACCAUACUCGGUCCUCUUCUCUCUACAGUGAUCCUUUGGCAACUACUAAGACCUAUAGGGUGUCUCCUACUGUAAACAUGGGUUUGAUAAGAAGCGCUAGUUUGGCAUCAUUGUGUGGUGAUGGAUUAUAUAGCUCAUAUAACUCUCACGCUCCAUCUGAAUACAGUAGUUAUUCUUCAAGAGCAAGCUCAGCUCGAAGUAGUCCUGUGUUUACAGACAAUGAAACAGGAAGUACCACAUCCUCUAAUCAUGCCAUCCGAGGGCGGAGUGAUAGCAUGUCAACUGAUUUUUCUGAUCAAAGUGAAACUGCAGCUGAUUAUUUUAGUCGUUCCAAUCGCAGGGGGAGCAUUGUUUCUGAUGUGGAUGAUGCCAGUAUCCCAGAUUUAAAUAGUCUGGAAGAGAAGAGUGACAAACCGUAUUCUGAAAUUUACACAAGGCCGGCAUCUCGCAAUUCAGCAAGUACAACUCCUCUGAGUGGGAAUUCAUCCAGACGAGGAAGUGGGGAUACAAGCAGUUUGGUGGAUCCUGAUGUUUCAUUAAGUGAAUUACGGGAUAUCUAUGAUCUUAAGGACCAGAUACAAGAUGUAGAAGGGAGAUACAUACAGGGACUUAAAGAACUAAAGGAUUCUCUAUCUGAAGUUGAAGAGAAGUAUAAGAAAGCUAUGGUUUCUAAUGCUCAGCUAGAUAAUGAGAAAAACAAUUUGAUUUAUCAAGUGGAUACGCUAAAGGAUGUUAUUGAGGAAAGGGAAGAGCAGAUGGCAGAGUUCUAUAGGGAAAAUGAAGAGAAGUCAAAGGAAUUGGAAAGGCAGAAACACAUGUGCAAUGUUCUACAGUAUAAGAUGGAUGAACUUAAAGAAGGCCUUCGUCAGAGAGAUGAACUAAUAGAGGAGAAUCAGCGCAUGCAGCAGAAAAUAGACUCCAUAACCAGAGAGGUGUUUGACCUCCAGGAGACAAUUAAUUGGAAAGAUAAAAAAAUUGGGGCCCUAGAAAGACAGAAAGAGUACUUUGAUUCCAUUAAGCAUGAGCGAGAUGAGCUCAGAGAUGAGUUGGCUGACCUGAGGGAAACAAUGAACACAGGACAGAAACACGGGUUAGUUAUAAUCCCAGAUGGUACUCCAAAUGGUGAUGUAAACCAUGAACCAGUGGUUGGUACAAUAGCAGUUGUAUCGCAGGAAGCUGCUCAAGUCUUGGAAUCUGCAGGAGAAGGACCACUAGACGUUCGGCUACGAAAACUGGCUGGGGAAAAGGAGGAAUUAUUGUCACAGAUUAGGAAACUGAAGCUGCAACUGGAAGAGGAACGACAGAAAAACUCUAAAAAUGAUGGCACAAAUCCAGAUAUAACAGGAUUAGAGAAUGGUUCUGAUUUGCAGUUAAUUGAAAUGCAGAGAGAUGCUAACAGACAAAUAAGUGAAUACAAAUUUAAGUUGUCAAAAGCUGAACAAGAUAUAACUACCAUGGAACAAAACAUUGGAAGACUUGAAGGACAGGUGACAAGAUAUAAAUCUGCAGCAGAGAAUGCAGAAAAAGUGGAAGACGAACUCAAAGCAGAAAAGAGGAAACUUCAGCGAGAGUUAAGAACAGCAUUGGACAAGAUAGAAGAGAUGGAGAUGACCAAUAGCCACUUGGUAAAAAGGCUGGAGAAGAUGAAGGCAAACAGGACUGCUGCGCUUCUAUCUCAACAGUAGAAGAACGUUUUAGAAAAUAGAACAAAUUGUGCACUGCUCCUUGAAAUAACUAGCCCUUAGCUUGUUUUAAUACAGACUUUCAUUGGCACAAACUAUUUGAACACUGAGCUGUUCAGUAAUAUUUUAGUUGCAGAAUUAAAUGGCAUACCUUUUGUAACUUAUGAGAGAAUGAAAAAUUUGAAUUUGUAUGUGUAUGAUGAUUUUUAUUUAGCAGUUUAAUUGUAGAGUCAGAGCUGGAGCACAAUGUGGUAUGAUUGACUUAUUACUAGAAAACAUGUUUUCACAACUAUGGAAUCAAGUUUACUUAAACUUUUUUUCAGCUGCUUUAAUGAUGCUUGGUGCUUGAAGACAACUGCAUGAAUUCAAGAGGACACUGUAUUAGAAAUUAACAAAUAUACUGGCUCAAGACAUCACAGCACAAGUGCCUUCUAUAUGGUGCAAUUUAGACUUCAAAUAUGUUAGAUCUAACCUUUGAAAGCAGAUAACAUUUAUUUUAAGAUACAGGUUUUUUUUGGAGGGGGGGGGUCUAUGUUCAUUAAAGUUUAUAAAUUUUGAUGGAAAGGUGCAUUUUUGUAAUAUUUAAAUUUAUAUAAAAAUAAAAUAGGGACUAUUAUCAAACUUGCUUUUUUGCCUGGGUGAUAGCACAGCUGAGUUCUAGGUUAUUUUGCCAAGAAAUUACUAGCUCAGCUACUCUUAAUAUAAAAAUUGGGACUUUAACCAAGGAAGAGGUUUGUAUAGCAACUGCUGCUUAAGUGUGGAAUGAAACUUUAGGGUGGAAGGAGGGGUGAGGAAAUGUCUGAGGAGUUCAUUAAAUGGACACUGUAUUGGCCAGAAA